AUGUAUUAUUGUCUACAUGAAGUAAGUUUGGUUGAAGGAUUGCAUGUCAUACAGAAUGAUUGUGAUUUUAAUGAGUUUCUUGAAGCUGCCAAUGGAAAUAAGAGAUUGAAUUUGUAUGUGGAUCACUAUCAUAAACCUUUGUUUGAUUGGAUUCAGGAGGAAGAAACAAACCUUGAAGAUGAUGUUGACUCCAUUUUAGAAGAUGGUGAGAAAGGUGAACAUGAAGAUGAUGAUGAAGUUAUAUCUCUCAAAAGAAACUCCAAUGAUCACUUCCUGAACAAACUUUGUCCGGUAGAGAAUGAUAGUUGGUUGAAGAAGAUGAGAAUGCAAAAUGAUCAUCUACCCAAGACAUGA